GUUGAAAGGUCAAUGCUCAACUUCCGUCUUCCUUGUUGGUAUGUACACAAACUGACAAACGUGUUCGAUAAAGACUUAAUUGGAUAUUUUUACCGUGAAGAAUCAUAGUAUGCGUAACAUUUAUAUUUGUCUGAUUUUAUUAUUUCAUUUGGUGAUCAUUAACAAGGCGGACAAUGACGAUUCAGGCGUUAUUUUACCAAGCAUGUGUGAGGUGUGUAAGUUUUUUGUUACUGAGCUUCAAAGUAGACUAGACGAAACAGGAAAAUCCAAAGAGACAUUACAUGUGGGCCAUGGUUUAGACAAGAAAAAGAAGAUUGUAUACAACAAAUCGGAGUUGAGGCUAACAGAAGCUCUGACCGACCCACAUAUAUGUGACAAAAUCCUGGAAUACAAUGUCCACAAGGAAAGGUCUGGAAGCAAUAGGUUCGCCAAAGGUCGCAGUGAAACCAUGGACACAUUACACGGAUUGGUAAAUAAGGGAGUGAAGGUAGAGUUGGGAAUUCCCUAUGAAUUGUGGGAUUCUCCAUCUGCUGAGGUCACAGACAUGCAGCGCAAGUGUUUUAAGAUGGCGGAGGACUAUGAAGAUGAGAUAGAAGACUGGUAUUAUAAACACCAAGACAAAGAGUUAAUGAAUUAUUUGUGUGCCAACAUUAUCCUUAGGAAAGAUGACACCAAGUGCUUAACGGAGAAGUAUGUACCUAAAGGCGAAACAGAGGAGGGAGACAAGAAAGAAAAAAAAUCAUCAAAAAAGGAAAAAAGUAAGCCCAAAGCCAAAGGGAGAUGAAGGAGAAAGGAUGACUAAAGAGGAAUUAUGAUGCAACCAUGGAGUAGAAAAAUGGCAUCUCCUGUCACCAAUGUGUUCCCUAACGAUUCCUUCCUGUUUUUAUUUGUCUUUAUUCCUUCUUUGUUGUAACAAUUCUCUGCAAGCAAUAAACUGUUUUACAAUGAAUUUUAAUUCAGAUGAGCUAAUAAGGAUAGUAGACUCUGUAAUAUUGUUUCAGUUGUCUUGCUUUAAUUGUAUGUGAGUAAAUUAUUUUGUAAUUGUGAGGUCAUUUUGAGUACUGUUGUAUUCAUAUUAUUGUUAUAUUCAUAUAGAUGCAUUCUGUUCAUUUUGUUUUUCCUCUCAUGUAGAAAAGUAUUAAUUGUUGAAGGAAAAUUAUUUUUGAUUCAGGUUAUUUACACUUAAAUAGUCAAAUCUAGUACAUGUAAAGUGCCAGGGUCAAACAAUUUGCCAAUUGUAAAUGUAAUUUAUUAUAUCUUCUACAUUUACAGUAUGUUUAAAAACUAUAUGAAUUCAUAAUAAACAUGUUCACUUUGA